GCAGCUGCUAAGUUUCCUGUUUAUUUGACAUUACGAGAACACAUGGACAUUUCUACCAAGUAUCUAAAGCUACAGUUAAAUACACGAGUUAUUUACAUUGGGGCUCCAUGAAGACCAGCUAGCUCAUGUAAUGUAAAGAUGGUAGAAGUUAGCUAGUGUUACUUUGCUCCUAUCAACCGAAUGGAGGUCUUAAAGUCAUCUGAAGAGGAAACCAGUUGUGUGUCCAGUGUCAGGCCUGGAGUGAAGCAGAUUACGGGGAGCACUCGAAGGCGACAUUCCUCUCCAGAUCAUUUGAAUCCAAGAUGUCUGAAGAGGUAGUUGAGGAGAUGCAAGACGAAGAGGUAGAAACACAGCAAGACGAAGAACCUCCUCCCACCGCUGAAGAGCCUGCAGAAGAAGAGUCUCCAGUUGCAGAAGAAGAUGACUCAAAACCCAAACCAAAAGCGUUUGCUCCAGUGAUGGCUGUGCCAAAGAUACCAGAGGGAGAGAAAGUCGACUUUGAUGACAUCCAGAAGAAGCGUCAGGAGAAGGAUCUUGCUGAGCUGCACUCUCUGAUCGAGGCCCACUUCAUCCAGAGGAAGAGGGACGAGCAGGAACUCAUCACUCUCGUUAACAGGAUCGAGAAGCGUCGUGCUGAGAGGGCUGAACAGCAGAGGAUCCAUGCUGAGCAGGAGAAAGAGAGGCAGGCCCGUGUUGCUGAGGAAAAGGAGAGGAAGGAGCAGGAGGACGCACGUAAGAAGCAGGAUGAGGACGCCAAGAAGAGGAAAGCUCUGACAAACAUGACUCACCAGUAUGCCGGCAUCCAACAAAGGGACGGCAAGAAGGGAGCUAAGAAGCAGACAGAGCGAGAGAAGAAAAGGAAGAUCCUGGCAGAGAGGAGGAAGCCUCUCAACAUCGACCACCUCAGUGAGGACAAACUGAAGGAGAAAGGCAAUGAGCUGUGGCAGUGGCUAAUGACACUGGAGGCAGAGAAGUAUGAGCUCACUGAGAAACUGAAGAGACAGAAAUAUGAUAUCAAUGUGCUCCAGACCCGAAUCGCUGAGCAGCAGAAGUUAUCAGUCUGCUCCAGGCUCGUAUUCAGGACCACCAGAGAUCUUAAGGUUAAAGGACCAAAAAAGACAGCAACAAACACAGGGUGUGAAAGGUAAGGCUGCAGCUGGGUUCUGUGUGGAAUUGCAUGCAUUGCCUUUCUUUAAUAGCAUGCUGCUUUAGUGUUUGCCAUCGUCUCUGUUAUAGAGCUCCACAUUGUGGUUCCAGAAGUAAAAUCCUGUUCAUUUUCUGCUAUUAUACAAUUUUUAUAUUAUAACCAUCCAAGGUAGAUUUACCACAAGCUUCUUUCUUUUGAAAUGAUGUUGUACCUUUGCCUUUUUGCUCUGAAUCAAAUAUUAUAUUGUUACGAUUAAUCUUGUAGCUGCAACGCCUGGAUCCAGCAAUAAAACUAAUUUCAGGAUGAUUUUCUAAAAUGACAAUAGAGAAAAUGAAAUGGGGAAUUAACCUGUCACAAGUGUUCUAGAAGUAGGCGCUCACUAUUUCGCUGUAUUUAAAGUUGAAGGAGAACAAU